CUGCUGCUGUGCAACCUCACACAACCAGACCUAUUUGUUCAGUGAUCUGUCAAAAUCACUCAUCAAACAUAUGUACAAGUAGUAUUUGCGUUGGAGAUCAGCGCCACACAACGUUCAUUUCGUAGUCCCAUGUGUUUAGCUUUGGACCAGGAACAAGAAGUGCUACUAACAAAAUGUCUUCAGGAAAGUUUUCCCAAGUGGUAGACUUAGCGUGCCUUCUUAUUGUUGGUCUCGUCAGCGCGCUUUUGGGACUCGUCAUUCCUGCGUUCAGACGCGGCUUUUUCUGCGACGAUGAGAGCAUUAAAUACCCGUACUUAUCUAAAGAAACUUUCCCUACAUGGGCGUUACUUCUUGUGUCAGUGGUUGUGCCAGUUGUUACGAUUAUCAUCUGUGAAGUAGGAAGAUAUUACCAAAGUGAUAAAAAUAUCAGAGGAGAAAAUUACGAAGAUGCUGAUGAAAGUGGAAUGUGUGGACCCUACACCAAAAAGCCAUUGUUCCAGAGGUUGUACAAAAUAACCUCCGUGUUCAUGUUUGGAGCACUGGUCAAUCUCUUAUUUACUCUGGCCAGUAAAACAUACCUUGGAGAAUUGAGGCCCCAUUUUCUAGCAGUGUGCAAACCCAACAUGAGUUUAGUUGACUGUAGCCAGGGAUAUGUUACAAACUAUGAAUGUACUGGGAAAGAUUUUGCUGCGAUUGAAAAAGCAAGGAGUUCAUUUCCCUCAGGACAUGCAUCUUGUUCUAUGUAUGGCAUGCUUUUCUUAGUGCUUUUCUUCGAAACCCUCCCAGCCAGAGAUAGAGGUUCCUUUCUAAAGCCUUUCAUUCAAUCUGGAUGUAUGAUAUUGUCAAUGAUCGUUGGGCUGUCCAGAAUAACAGAUCACAUGCAUCAUUGGUAUGAUGUUUUGGCAGGAUUCAUACUUGGGGGAUUCAUGGCCAUCUACGUGGCCGUUAAAGUUCUGAAGCUGUUUCAGGAAAGUCAACAAACAUCAACUGGUAACAUGCAUCGGGAGACAUUAAAGAGCUCUUCAGACAACUGUGAACUGUUCUUGCAUUCACCAGACCGACUCAUACCAGCUACUCCAUGCUGACAAAGCUACUACAAGAUCCUCUCUUAGCUUACUGUUAUUCCUGACAUUUCACAAAAACAGUUUCUGACAAAAAAGAAAACAGUUUCUUGCAAAAAGUUGAAAUGUUUGACAGAAUUUCUGAUUAUUGCAGGAAUUCCUGAGAAAAAUUUCCUGAGAAAAAUUUCCCGAGAUAGCAACUGCCUUCGCAGCUGUGAUUAAUAUUUUUAUCAGGCCAUUUUCACAAUGCUUUUUAUCCCAAAGCAGAUAAUUAUCAAACUAAUGGUUGCUCGGGAGAAUAUUGUGCAAAAUGUUGGCGAUACAGAAGGCUAUCAUUCUGUGCAUCUUUGACCCAAUGAUCUGGCUUUGUUACUUAAGUGUCAUCCAUGUCCAAAACUUCUUAAAUGCUAAUAGCAUAAGGUCAUUACUAGAGAUGCCUUCUUAAUAAUGAUAGUGAUAAUAACAAUUCAGUUAUUAUUAAAUGGUGUGAAAUUCCUUCAGUCCAAAUGGCAUUUCACUGAAAUAAAACCCAGACUACAGAAAAAAAGAGUGGCAGCUUUUAUAGUACUUGACAUAACACUACUUUUUCUCUCAUAAUCAAAUACUAUUAUAUUACAAAGUGGAAAUUUACAGUUCUAAAACAAAUGAUAAUUAUUUGCAUCAAGUCUUAAAUCCUUGUUUUACUAGUUAUUAUAUAACUAUUCCCAGUUAUUAUUACUAGGAUUUGAGAUAACAUUGUUGAUUAUAAGCAAAAUAUUCUUAUAAAAAGUACCACAUAAUGUUACGAAAAGUGUGUAACCAAAAUAGUGUAUGCAUAAAAAGACCAGGGAAAAGUGUAACCAAUACACACCGUAAAUUAUGGGAGUGUUAUUAUUUUAAUACUUUUUUUACACAAGUUUAGUAAGCUAGAAAACAUGCAUUUUGUACAUUCCACUCUUAUUUAUAGCACAUUAAAUCUGUCAUGUGACAAGAUAAAUGUCUUAUCAAGUAAAGAUGAAACAUUUGUUUCAGAAUUGAAAGAUUUUUUUCCUUGCUUGUUUUGUACAUUUUAUAGUAAAAUCAUUACAUUGUUA